UUGUUUGCAUACAACUGUCAUUAAUUUCAUACCAAUGCCAUUUCUUUUACACCUUUAACUUUGUAUACUCUUGGCUUUACUUUGUAAGACCUUCCUGAAUAUUUAUUUUGAACUAAAGUAAUUUCAUUCUAUUAAUAUUAACCAAGAAACUAAAUUCACAUUGCAAAUUAGCGUAUAUUUUAGUAUUACAAUAGGUAAGUGAUCUGAUCAAAUUCUAACGCGUAUAAUAAUUAUAGUCCCCAACAUGCCCAUAAACUGUGACGAACAGAGGCCACAAGGGCACAACCGAAUACAGUCACUAAUAUAAAGGAGCAAGGGUCACAUUUCAAUGUCGCAAUACUUGAUAAAGUUAGUAAUUUACCAGAUAAUAGGGAAACAUAAACACAUGCAUCAGUACUCGGCGUGGAGUCAGACCAAAUAUACGUGAUAAUGAAUUACAUAUUCGCGCUUUUCCUGUUCUGCGUAGAAGCGAAAGUUACGAAGUAUGUGUCGAACGUUCCUAUUCGGCAAAUCGGCAGCAGAUUCUACAGAGAAGAGUUACUGACCGACCAAUUUCACGACCCGAGAGAAUUGACCUAUGAUUCUUCAAGCAGAAAUCUAUUCUUCACAUAUAUGGAUGAUGAGUUGCAGAAUUCUGGAAGAGGCUACGUCAACGUUGUAACUAAAGAUACCAAAAAGAUAGAUGGGAUAGCUAGAAACAAAGCUACAGGAGUUGAUCUUGAAACUGGUGAUGUCUAUUUUGGUUCAGACGAUGGCUUAUACAAAUUCGACCCUGUUUUCAAUAAUGCUUCAGUAAUAGGUCUGUAUAACAUUAACAUAAUGAAAAUUGUGAUUCGCAACAAUGAAAUAUACGUCCUAGACGCCAACAACCAUAGCAUUUACAAAGUUAAAAACACUAGAAAAGCUAACAAAGUUGGCGAAUGGAAAACAGUUAUGGAGUUUGAUGUGGAUUACAGCAACAACCUGCAUUUUGUGAAUAUAUGUGGACUUUUUUGUGUGCCUAACGGCGCGGAAGAAGCAGUGAAAAAUGAAAAUUUACCGCUCGUCUACCAUUUUCUAAUGGACGAACAGAAAACGUUUGGAAUGACUUUGGAUUCUUUGUAUGAAAUAGAUUGUCUGAAUGGAACAGCGAAGAAAGUUGCGGAUAUAGAUUUUUAUAUAAGAAGUAUAACGUUUGGUGACUAUGGUGACAUAUAUUAUUCGACCGAUGUCGGUUUGUUUAAGUUGAAACCGAUCAAUCAUUAUGUUAUUUUCGAUAUAAAAAGGUCGAGGACGUAAAUUAAAACGUCUGAUAAGGAUUAAAGUCGUAUUAUUUAAGACGUAGACUAAACAUAUUAUUUGUUUAUGUUGCAGUUAAAUCCUACUUACAACAACAUUCUCAAACUCAAUUAAAAUUACUUAUAGUCCUAUAGUACUUAUAUUAGUAUAUAUUGUAAAAUAAAUAUGCGAUAUGUAUACUUUUUACAACGAGGAACAGUAG